UUCGUGGUUAUUGGGUUAUGCCUGGUGAGUUAAGGUGGUCCAGGUCGGGUUGCGGAAGGAGCUCGCGGUAUGGAGGUCCUAAGCUCCCGGGGCGCGGUUCUGCAAGAGAAGCCUCCUGAAGUAGAGGAGAGUGUUGCUACUUAACAGCGUGUUCAGGUUUUGACAGGGAGCAUGUCAUCGGAGCUCCUCAUGCUGUCAUGGCAGAAAUGGAAUUCCCGGACCAAUUCCUUACAGUUCUAAGCAUGGACCAUGAAUUGGUGACUUUCAGGGAUGUGGUCAUCAGCUUCUCUCAAGAGGAAUGGGAAUAUCUGGAUUCAGCUCAGAGGGACUUAUAUUGGGAUGUGAUGAUGGAGAACUAUAGCAACUUGGUCUCACUGGAUUUGGAGUCCAAGUAUGACACAAAGUAUUUAUUUAAUGGAAAGGACAUUAUUGAAAAUAAUGGUUUUCAGUGGAAAGUAACAGAAGGUAAAUUCAUUGGUUUGGAGAGCUCCAUUUUCAGAAAUGACUGGCAAAGCAAAAGCAAGACUGAAGUACAAAGACCUGAAGUGGGAUAUUUCAGCCAAAUGAAAAUCAGCUCUGAAAAAGUGCCAAAUUAUAAACAUCAUAAAUCUCUUAUAUCACAUCAGAGAAUUCAUGAAAGCAAGAAACCCUAUGAAUAUAAGGAAUAUGAGAAGGUCCUUAGCUGUGACUUAAGUUUUGAUGAAUAUGAGAGAAUACAUACUGGUGAGAAAACAUAUCAGUGUAAUGCAUAUUGGAAAACCUUUGGAGAUGACCCACAUACCCUACAACUGAACAUUCAUACUGGUGUAAAACCUUGUAAAUAUAUGGAAUAUAGGAAUCCAUUUAGUUUUUAUGAAGACCUUAGUAUACACCAGAAAAUGCAUGAUGAUCAGAAGUGCUAUAAAUGUAAGGAAUUUAAAAGGACCAUUAGAAGAGUUGAAGAAAUAACUCCACUAAAAAUAAUUCAUGAUGGUGAGAAAGCCUAUGAAUGCACUUUCUGUGGGAAAUCCUUUAGAGUGCAUGCACAACUUGCUCGACACCAGAAAAUCCAUACUGAUGAGAAACCUUACAAAUGUAUGGAAUGUGGCAAGGACUUUAGAUUCCAUUCACAGCUAACUGAACAUCAGAGAAUUCAUACUGGUGAGAAACCGUACAAAUGUAUACAAUGUGAGAAGGUCUUUAGAAUUAGUUCACAGCUUAUUGAACAUCAGCGAAUUCAUACAGGUGAGAAACCUUAUGCAUGUAAAGAAUGUGGAAAAACCUUUGGGGUAUGUAGAGAACUGGCUCGACAUCAGAGAAUUCAUACUGGAAAGAAACCCUAUGAAUGCAAGGCAUGUGGAAAAGUCUUUAGAAACAGUUCAUCCCUGACUAGACAUCAGAGAAUUCAUACUGGUGAGAAACCCUAUAAAUGUAAGGAAUGUGGGAAAGCUUUUGGAGUAGGUAGUGAACUUACUCGACAUCAGAGAAUUCACAGUGGUCAGAAACCUUAUGAAUGUAAAGAGUGUGGAAAGUUCUUUAGACUUACGUCAGCACUUAUUCAACAUCAGAGGAUUCACAGUGGUGAGAAACCUUAUGAAUGUAAGGUAUGUGAGAAGGCUUUUAGACAUAGUUCAGCCCUUACUGAACAUCAGAGAAUUCACACUGGAGAGAAACCUUAUGAAUGCAAAGCAUGUGGGAAAGCCUUUAGACAUAGUUCAUCCUUUACAAAACAUCAGAGAAUUCAUACUGGUAAGAAGCCCUAUGAAUGUGAGGAAUGCGGGAAUGCCUUUAGCAUGCAUGCAAAUCUCCUUCAGCAUGAUCAAAUUCAUACUAGAGAGAAACCUCAUGAAUGUAAUGAAUGUGGAAAAACCUUCAGCCUGAAGGAAAACCUCAUAGAGCAUAAGAAAAUGCAUACUGGAGAAAAAUCACAUGAAUGUACUGAAUGUGGUAAAGUAUUCUCUCGAGUCUCAUCCCUUACUCUACAUUUGAGAAGUCAUAGAGGAAAGAAACCAUAUAAAUGUAAUAAAUGUGGAAAAGCCUUCAGUCAGAAGAGAAACUUCCUUUCUCAUCAGAAACAUCAUACGGGAGAGAAACUCUAUGAGUGUGGGAAAGCUUCUAUUCAGAUGUCAAGCCUCAUUAAACACCAGAGAAAUCAUACUGGAAACAAACCCUAUGCAUGUAAGGAAUGUGGAAAAGCCUUCAAUGGCAAAUCAUAUCUCACUGAGCAUGAGAAAAUCCAUACAGGAGAGAAACCAUUCGAAUGUAAUCAAUGUGGAAGAGCCUUCAGCCAGAAGCAGUACCUCAUUAAACAUCAGAAUAUCCACAGUGGAAAGAAACCCUUUAAAUGUAAUGAAUGUGGAAAAGCCUUUAGCCAGAAAGAAAACCUGAUUAUCCAUCAAAGAAUACAUACUGGAGAGAAACCUUAUGAAUGCAAGGGGUGUGGGAAAGCUUUCAUUCAGAAGUCAAGCCUUAUUAGACACCAGAGAAGUCAUACAGGAGAGAAACCCUAUAUAUGUAAAGAAUGUGGGAAAGCCUUCAGUGGCAAAUCAAAUCUCACUGAGCAUGAGAAAAUUCAUAUUGGAGAGAAACCCUAUAAAUGUAAUGAAUGUGGAACAAUCUUCAGGCAGAAGCAAUACCUCAUUAAACAUCACAAUAUUCAUACAGGAGAGAAACCCUAUGAAUGUAAUAAAUGUGGAAAAGCCUUCUCUCGAAUCACAUCACUUAUUGUACAUGUGAGAAUUCAUACGGGGGAUAAACCUUAUGAAUGUAAAAUAUGUGGGAAAGCCUUCUGUCAAAGCUCAUCUCUUACUGUUCAUAUGAGAAGCCAUACAGGUGAAAAGCCCUAUGGUUGUAAUGAAUGUGGAAAAGCCUUCUCUCAGUUCUCAACUCUUGCUCUGCAUAUGAGAAUCCAUACUGGAGAAAAACCUUAUCAGUGUAGUGAAUGUGGGAAAGCUUUUAGCCAGAAGUCACAUCAUAUUAGACACCAGAGAAUUCAUACUCACUAAAGCUCGAUAAACGCCUUGAAUUUAGGAAAAGCUUCAGCAAAACUCAGACUUAAUGGUAUACCAGAAAUUCAUUUUAUAAUAAAGUGGCUUGAAUGUGGAAAAUACUUCAACAAAUCAAAACUUAAAUACUAACAAUUUUAAUAAGUAUCAUAGUUUAAAAACCUAUGCUCCCAAAACUCCCACAGCAAACAUUGUUAAUGAUGUACUUUUAGGAGCAAUCUCAUUGAAGUAAGUAUGGAUCCAGUCAUGGACACUAAGCAGCAUGGUUCUGGAAGGCUUACCUGAUGCAUUAAGACAAAGAUAUGAGAGGUAUAAAGAUUUUAAAUUAAGAGACAAAAUUGUCAUUUUUAAAAUUUUUUGCUACAGAUGUAAUCAAAAGUAUUUGUUCUUGAUGCAUUCAUAGAAAUCAAAGAUUGGGACAGAAUAUUGUAUUCAGAAACAUGCAUGCCUUUAUGGGGAAUUGGUAAUUGAUAGAGAUGAUAACAAAAGUUGGUAGGGGAAUUAUGGAUGAUUCAAAAAAUGGUCUCAGGGUAACUGAUUCUUCAUGUGGAAAAAAUAUUGGAUCUCUGCCAUAGUAAUACAUUAAAGAAUUUAUUAUGAAAUCCAAAAGUAUUGUAAAGACCAGAAUGCAAAAAGCAAAACUUGGUAACAUAAGAAUUUUAUAGGAGAAUGUUUUUAAAACCUCCAGUAGGAAAGAAUUUCUAAAAUAGAUUCCAGAACACACAUUCUUGAGUGUAUAUGCAUAUACCCAAGAAACUGAUACAUGUACUUAAGUUAGGGAGUCAUGUAUCUUUAUGUUCAUUGCAGCAUGAAUUACAUUAGCAAAAAAUUGGAAACGUGUGUUGCUUGUGAAAUGGAUAAAUACAAUGUGAUAUAGGCACACAGUAGAAUAUUCUCUAGUAGUUAAGUAUAACAGAUUAUAUAUAUAAAUAGAAAGACCUGAAAAAUCAUGUGGCGUGAAAAAAAUGAAGAGAUCAAUAUGUUAUAAUCGUUAGCUCUGUGAAUUUGAAUGAAAUCAACACUAUUAUUAAGCAUUAGUUAUGGAAGAACGUUUUUAUGGAAAACUGAAGAAACGAUUGGAAGGAUACACACUCAUUUCCCAAAAGUGAUUGCUUCUAGAAAGAAAGGUAGCAGAAAAGAAAUGGGACCAAGCAUGGUUGUUAAAGGAUAUUUCAGUUUUGUAUCUAAAUACCAUCAUUAAAAAGAAAUAAAGAUUCCAACUAAAUAUAACAAAAUGUUAGUUAACUCUGGGUUGUGGUAAUAUAUGUGUUCUAUUGUUUGUGCUAUCCCUGAAAAUUAAAAAAGAUAAAGAUAGGAGUAGGAAAGUUGUACAUGCAGUACAUGUAAUAAUGGACUCACAAUCCCAGGCAGAUGCUACUAUUUUAUAGAAAAUAUUUCUAAAAUCAUACCUUUAUUAGAAGUUAUUUUUUUUAAUUGGAUGGUAGCUUAAAUUAUUUAAAUGUACUCUUGCAUGUCACAUCACUAAUAUGUGUGGUCUCAGAAAUUAAAGCAUGAUUCUGCAAUAGGUUAAGUGGGUUACAUACAUUUAAGAAUCAUAUGAUUUAAUAAUACUGGCACAGACUUGAUACUACUAAGAACCAGUUUUUACUGAAACAUCAGAAAUUUUAAGAGUCCACAUAACUAGUAUUAGCAUUAAUAAUUUGAGAUUUUUAAAAUGAAGAAACCAAAUUACUCUUAAAUUUUUAAAUAUGCCACUGAAUAAAACUUCAACUCUUGCAUUUUACCUUCAAUUUUAACCUCAGACAUUUUUAUUCUCUAUUCUGCCAGAUAUAAUUGAUAGAUCCCCUGUUUGUUUGUUUCUUUGGUGAAAAUGGUGCUAAAAGAGAUCUGAGACCUAAACAGUAUUGUUUUAUGUGAAGCAAAUCUUUUUGCCAAUUUUUGUUUACUUGAUCCCUUUCCACAACAACUUGACACAUAAAGAGUUGUUAGUGCUCUUUUUGAAGUGAUAAAAAUGAGUAUGCAAUAUUUAAACCUUAGGCAUAUGUCAAAUAUAUCAAUUUCUUUUAAAUACAAAAUAAUGAAAUGCUAAUUAAACCAUAGUACUACACCACUUAUUAGCAGUUUUGAAGAUUGGUUUUAAGAUUAUAAAUUCCAGGGGUUGUUUAUGUGUUUUCAUGAAUCUAAAUUAUCCUCUAUUUUCUUCCAUUCUUCAUUAAACAGUCCCCUUGUAUUUCUUAAGUGUUUUGCCCUUCCAUUUGUACAGCUUUGAAGUCACCAGAGCAAUUUAGAACUCUUAAUUCAGACCAAACUAGGAAGAUUACCUUUUGGUGCCUGCAGUGGGUUGGUGCCAAGGUGCAACAAUGAUUACGAUAGUCAGAGUAAGAUGAGUAACACCUGGGAUACUGUAUACUGUAAAUUUACUCUGAUAUUCCCUACUGAUUCAACUUGUUGCUAGUUAUUUGCCACCACAAACAACCCUACAGUAAACAUUUUUUUUUAACAUUCUUAAAAUCAGACCUUAAAUUUCAGAUAUUUUUAUUUCUGAGGCAAAAGAUUGUUAGAUUAAAGGACAUAUACUAUUUUUUAAUUUUAAUAGAUAAUAUCGGUCAUUUUCAGAAACACAUCUUUCCUCUAACCCUGCAAUAGAUGGUAAUAUACUACUUAAAUUUAUGUUUGUCUGAUGAGCAUACACCUCAACUGCUCCUAGAUUUGCUGCUUUGUAAACUUUUGCAUUGUUGGCUCAUUUUCCUAUAGGAUUAUUUAUCUGUCAAUUUUGAAGACCUCUUUAUAUGUUAGACGUUAGGAAUUUGCCUAAUUUUUGUCAUAAAAAUAUUUUUCCAUAAAAAUAUCUUAAAUUUCUGUGUAAUCGAUAUGUAUUUUUUCUAAGCUUAUGGAUUGGUUAAAAAGAUACUUUAAUCUCUAGAUUGUAUAUGUAAUUUUUCUUAGGUUUUCUUGCAAGUUGUUUAUUGUUUACUUUUUUCAAUAUGUAAAUAUUUAAUAUAUCUAGAAUUUAUUUUUUAACGUCCUAUAAAAUGAAGAUUCAUUGUUAUUUUCUUCCAGAUGGGUUUCCAGUUAUAAGCACAACUUGUUAAAAUAACCCAUCUACUCAGCAGUCAGUCACAUAGUUCUGACACCAAUCUGCAGUGUCCACCAACAGCAAUCACAGAUUUGAACUGGCAAUCAAAAAAACAGAAUAGGCUUUAACCCAACAUUAGGUUUAUUAUUAGCUUUGUCCUGAUCACAACAACAACAACAAAACCACCUUUACAAUACUGCAACUACCCAAGCAAAGAUAGUUUCGAGGACCUAUGUACUGCUGAAGGGAGAAAAGGUCAGAAUGGGUGCAGUUCACCUAAGCCCUGGGAAACAACGUUCUCACCCAGGAUAUCUUACUAUAACCCACCACUGCAUCUGCAUGGUGUACCCCCAUCACAUGGGGCACACCCAGUUGUAAGACUGAAACCCACUUAAGCACAGGGAAGCUGCUACCUUGUUUUCCCAAGACUUAUGAUACCUUAGUCAUAUAGGCUAGCCAUGUCUUCAUGCCAAUUCACAGCUCUUCCCUCAUCUAGGUACAGGAUACAAAUGAAUCUACAGUAGUAUUUUCUUCAAGGAAACUGGUAUGAAGGCAAAUCUAAGGUUCUCUUUCUACACAUGGGUCAGUAGGAAAGGCCUGUUGUUUUUACCAGUACCAUCCUUUUCCUAUUUAACUGACUCAGUUAUGUGAUCCUUUAACCAUAUGAUCUUUUCUUCACUCAACUGAAACUGCCUGUAGUUUCACUUGUACCAGAACCUAUUCUGUAUUUUCAUUUCACUAAUUUAUUUUUCUACUUCUAUACUAAUACCAUAUUAACUGAUAAACUGAUUUAACACUAGCCUUACUGCAUUUUGAUACUGCAUAUUAGACCAAGUCCUCGCUGUUUUUCAUAGUUUUAUUGGCUAUUCUAGUUUUCUUUCUAUAUAAAUGAAGAUGGUGUUCUCAAAAUACAAAAACUCUUUGAUAGUUGGAAUUACAUUAAAUUUAUAUAUUUAUUUUGAGAGAAAUGACAUUUUUUAUUUUAAGUCUUCCUGACCCAAAUUGUAGUGUGCCUUUGCAUUUCUUCAAACUAUGAUCAUGUCCUUCAGCAUGAGGGUUCUGAACAAAGUAAUCUGAAUGCCAUCCCUGCUUAAUAUUAUAUUAUAGAAAAAGUUUGUUAGUUGGGUGAAUAAGAAAAAUCCCUAUUAUGGACUAAAUGUUUGUAGCCCCCCAGAAUUCAUAUGUUGAAGCCCUGAUUUCUAUUGUGAUGGUGUUUGGAGAUGGGGCUCUAAGUAAUUGGGUUUGGAUUAGGUCAUGAAGGUGGGACACUCAUGAUGGGAACAGUACCUUUAUAAGAAGUGGGAGAGAGAUUAUAAGAACAUAAAGAGAUUUCUUUCCAUUUGUAUACACAAGUCCUGUGAGUGCAGGACUUCUUUCUGUAGACAGAAAGAAGCUGUCUACAUACUAGGAAUUGGACCUUCACAGGAUUUGCCAGCACUUUGAUCUUGGGAUUUCCCAGCUUCGAUAACUGUAAGAAAUAAAUGUCUGUUUAAACCA